AUGUCGAACGAAAUCCUCGUAACAGGCGCUGCUGGCUUCGUCGGCCAGGCCCUCGUCAGUGCCCUCAUCAAAGCCAACCCCGCUACGACCCUUACCAUCACGGAUGUCGUAGAGCCCCCAAUCCCGAUCGACGUGACCGAAGCGAGCAGCCGUAUCAAUUCACUCAAAGCAGAUCUCACGGACUCACAGGCGGUGAGCUCCUUGCUCUCAAAACAGUUCGGCGCAGUGUACCUGCUGCAUGGGCUCAUGUCUGGUGGCACGGAAGCAAACCUAGAUCUAGGUCUUAAGGUCAAUCUUGACUCGGUUCGGAAUGUCCUGGAUUAUCUCCGCGAGAACUAUCCCGGAACCACCGUCGUUUUCACCAGUUCAUGCGCGGUUUACGGCCCCCGGCAACCAGUCAUCGAAAGCGAGACGGUGCCAAAACCCAAGACAUCAUACGGCACCGAGAAGCUCAUCGUUGAGUUGUUACUGGAAGAUUACUCAAGACGCGGCCUCAUCGACGGUCGAAUUGUACGCCUUCCCACAGUUACUGUCAGACCUGGUGCCCCAUCCGCUGCAGCAUCUAGCUUCGCCUCCGGCAUCGUGCGUGAGUCUCUGAAAGGCAUCAAGAACAUCUUGCCCGUCAGCCGUGACCUCGAGGUCUGGGUCUGCAGCCCCGCAACAGUUGUCAAGAACCUCAUUAAAAUCAAGGAUGUGCCUAAGGAGAAAUUUGGUGACUCGAGGGUCGUAAAUCUUCCUGGGAUUACGGUUACGGUUCAGGAGAUUCUCGACGCAGUGGAAAAGGUUGGUGGCAAGGAGGCACUGGCGCAGGUGGAGGAGAAGAGUGAUCCUAAAAUCUCGGCCAUUGUAAGUACAUGGGCGGCUCGAUUCGAUGUCAGUAGAGCUUAUGGGCUGGGCCUAGAGCCUGACGGGUCGAUUUUAGACGCCGUUGAAGCGUUUGCGAAAACCUUGAAGGCAUGA